AAUGGAAACGUUUGAUCGAUGGGACGAGAAGCCGAGAUCUGGAGCACAGGUCGGGCGCCUUCUCAUCUGGCAAGACCGAGCUUCAAAAUCACAUGGUGGUGGUGUCCGUCUGUCUUCGGGGCUCCGUUCUCUCAGUCAACCCGAUGAGAUCGCAUUCCAGUCAGAUGAUUCAGGCUGGCUGAAGCUGCAACCUCUUUGGGGACAGGUUUAUGGUGUAAACACCCUAUAUGCUCCAACAGUGGAAAGGCUACUUGGAAUGAAACCCAAAGUGGAUUGUGUUGGAGAUUUAAUGAAGUUGACAAUUCAUGGAAAAGAGUCUUUUUUUGGCUCCAACUUUCUUAUUGACAGAGGAAGCAUCCCACCUCUUCCGUUUUCACGGUUACCUUCAGAAUGUGGCCAUAGGUUCUUUAGAACUUGGAGAGGUUUUGUUUUUGUUAUACCAUAUGAUGGGUGUUACGUAAUGCAUGAGAGAGACACUUUUGUUCUUCCCUUACGUUUGUGGGGAUUGCCUGUGAAAAUGUCUUGUUCCUCACUGACCUCGGCAAAAAGAGAGCCAACGGUCUCCUGCUACACUAAUGGCAUGAUUGUGAGGCUGUAUGGAGGAGUCUCUGAGAAACUGAAGAUCAAAGUAAUAAAUGAAUGGCAGCCUCUUCUAAAAGUAUCAGCUAAAUGUGGAUACAGCUUGGUAUCGCAUCCAGAAGGUGUGGUUAUCCAUGCACCAUAUAUGCCAUGCACAGAACCAAAGGAUGGGAUGUUCACUCUCAGCAUGCUAGUGGAGAGUGAGUUUAAUCUGUCCUGCCCAGCACUGUCACUCAGUUUUCCUUUAGAUACACCUAAUCUUUCACGUGAAAGUGAACCCGUUUCUAUACCUCUUACGUCUUCUACACUCCCUCCCACCACAAUUACUACAACUACUAAAACCACUCAGCCAAGAGAGACUCCAAGAAGUUCGACAACUUCCACAAGUUCAGUUAAAAAGUUGCCCACUCCUCCCUUCCCUUAUUACAUCCCUGGCCAGCCAGAUUUUAAGCCUCCUCCUAGUUACCCUUUUCUCCCUUUCCCCCCAAAUAACGCACCAGCGAUUCUUCCGCAAGGUCCCAAAAUUGUGGUUCCCCCAUUUGAUUUUACUCAGAGGCCACAACCACCGAUUUACUUGAAACGUCCUCAAACCUGGUACCCUUGGUACCCUAGACCCAGCUUGGGUCUUCAAGUUGGGCCACUUUAUCCCAGAAAACCUUUGUUGCGUCCUACCGAGGCUCCCACAGCCCCUAUUGCUCCCCUGCUUAAACCCACAAGCAGUCCUCAAGAUAAGUUGACUUCUACAGUGCCGGUUGUUCCUCCUGAGCCGUGGGCACCUAUGUUUCCUCCCAGCAAUAUGGUGUAUCCUUUAUAUCCUGGAAAGCCUGAAUUUGCCGCUCCCUCCUCUGCAGGCUUUCCUCCGGUCCCCUACUGGCCUUAUCGCCCACAAACCCAACAAAGACCCUCUGAACCACAUGCUCCACCAAAACCAGAGCCUGAACCACCUAAACCUACACCUACAACAAAGACAGGACCAUGGUCCCUCCCCCAUCCAUGGUACAUACCUUUGCCACCACAUGGUUCAGAAAUGCCACCCAUCCCAAAAAAUGAUACGGCUUUCAAUUCUGAGGAUGUUGCUUCCCAGUCCACCACACAUUCCGAAAAGUCUGAACAUGAUAAAAAGACUCCAACUUCUGAGGAUCUCCCUAGUAAAUUAGAGUUUGAUUUUACCCCAGACACAGAACCUACCCCUUCACUCCCUAAAUGUCCUGAAGUUGUUCACACUACUGCCCCAACAGAGCCUGCCCCAAAAGAGCCUUCCCCACCUCCAAUUUGUUUGUCCCAUGCACAUUGUUUUCACUGUCCAACUUUAUGCCCUGGACCCCCUUCAGUGUUCUACCACCACCAUAACCAUCACCAUUUUGGUCCUCCUCUUCAAAUGUCUAAUUUUGACAUUUCUAGUAUGACUAAAAUUACUGGCCAAAUGCUGUCAUCUCCUGUUAUACCUCCAGAUUCAAACCUCUUUGCCCUUAUUAAGGGCAUGGGUUAUAAUUAUGGCCCACUUUACUCAAAAACGCUUCUACCACCAGCUUCAGAUCGUACAGAAAUGCAAUAUUUGGUGGAGAAUCCCCCUAUCAAGAAAACAGAGGUCACUGGUACUUCUAGGCCAACCGUGUGUCCCUAUAUUUUUAGUAAGUUGGAAUCAACUGCUGCCACCACACAGCCUACAGUAAAACCUGCUAAUGUUGCUCCUGAUAUACGCCAUUUGGAGCCUUCACAAAACGGACCAGUUGUUGAACCAUCUGCCUACUCAAACAACAGCCCAAACCCGGUAGUGAACCAGGCUGAGAUGCAGUAUGGAGAUGCAGUGGUUUCUCCAAUGGGACGUGAGACAGAGUCGGUGUUGGUUGCUCCAAAUAAUGUUCCCUCUUCUAUGGAGCCAACAAAUGGCAAAAAGACAUUUAUGAAUUACUGGCAUCAAGCUGGUAAUUUGAAUGUCAAACCCCCUAGGUCUAAUUCUCUUACAAAUGACUAUUUCCCCCAGAUGUCAUUACCUCAGACACGCAGUAAUUACAAUCCAUUUUACCAGUCAGCUGGCUCAAUUCAACCAGAAGAACCUCCUGACGAGAACCCUUCACCACAGCUGACUUUUCAUCCCUCAAUGCAGAUUCACAACUCUGCGCCUGUAAUGAACCCUCAGCUGUAUGUCCCUCCAAAUGUAGAAUCUGUGGAUCCUGUUUUUAGGGGCCCAAACCUAUUUAACACACACUGGGUUCCUGCUGCUCAACCAAACAUGGAUGCAUUGCUCUCUAGCUCUCAAACAGAUGGUUACAUGGGUCAUCCAUCCGCUGUAGACUGAGAAAUGUGAAGAGCUGGAAACGAUGCUAAUAAAAGUGUUUAAGUGGGAAA